CCCAAACAGAAACUGCCCAACGACGCCCUCAACCCCAACAAGGGCAAACCCGACCUGAACACCACCCUGCCCAUCCGCCAGACGGCGUCGAUUUUCAAGCAGCCGGUGACCAAAGUGACAAAUCACCCUGGGAACAAAGUCAGGAGUGACCCCCAGAGGCUCAGCGAGCAGCCAAGACAGCUUUUUUGGGAGAAGAGGCUGCAGGGCCUGAGCGCCUCGGAUGUGAGCGAGCAAAUCAUCAAAUCCAUGGAGCUGCCCAAGGGAUUGCAAGGUGGGGUUCCAAAAAUCCGAAAAUUUGGCCCGAAAAAUGGCAAAAUUUGGUCCGAAAAAUCCCAAAAUUUGGCUCCAAAAAUCCGAAAAUUUGGCUCUAAAAAUGCCAAAAUUUGGAGUGGGCCUGAAGUGUCCGGGAGUCGGUGCUGUCGAAACGUGGCCACCUUCUGCACAAAGCAGCUCGGUCGCAUAACCGCCAGACCCAAUGUCCCGGCCGUGUGGCUGAACACGGCGCAGCCGCUGUGCCGGCACCUCGUGGUCACCGACGACGACAUCAGGAAGCAGGAGGAGCGGGUGCAGGCGGUGAGGAAGAAGCUGGAGGAGGCGCUGCUGGCCGAGGUUCUGUCGCGGAGCUGCGAGCGCAGAGAGAGCCCCGAGAGGGACGGCGAGAACGGGCACGGGCACUGACACCAAGGUACUCGGAUGCCCAAGGAGGAAAAUCCCCAAUUUUUGAGGCACU